UGUGGGAAGGCUGAGUUGAAUCGAAAGUGUCUAAUCAGCUUUCAGUUUAGAUGUAACGGUGACUGUUUGGAGGUGUGGAUUUGAACUGCUUCUUUUAAAUGGAAAGCAUGGAACGAGAGCCACUUCUUGGAGUAAAAAAAUCAGGUCGUCAAACUCACAAUAGAUAUCCCUACUCUAGAUCAUCAAUCAGCGAUGAUUUUAAUGAAACCUCUGUGUAUUCCUACUGUGGGAAUAAUUACAACAUUCCCAGACCAGACAGACGACAUGCAUAUUCUGAUACAACAUCCACAAGUAAUGAAGAGCCUCCUGCUGCAAGGAAAAUUCAUCGGCCUUACUUUAUAUGUCUAGUAACAAUUGCAAAUGUGGCACUUCUUAUGUACAUCUGCAUUGCUGGUGGAGUGGAGACUAUAGCUUUUAAGCCAGAACGUCAAAAUAUAUCAGUUGACAGAUUUGGAUACAUAGGAUCAAAUGAUUCAGUGCAUAAACAAGAUAUUUUUCGAUAUCAUGGGGUCAACUGGUUCAUUGGACCUAAUUCAUCUUUUCUGGUUCAGACGGGAGCUAAAUUUGGUCCGUGCAUGAAGAAGUUGGAGGUCGUAGAAGAAAGAAUUAAAAAUAUAUCAGAAAAAGAAGCCGAUUAUGUUUGUUGUUCCUUUCAUGAGGAGUGUGGAAUGGUGAAAAAUUCAAGUUGCCUACCAGGUAUUAUCAUUGACACUGGGAACUGUACAAGUCCAAAUAGUCAUUACUGCAGACAUGGUGUUACCCUGCGACCCUGUUGUCUUGGACUUUACUCUCAGUGUGAGGUUAUCUCUGAGCAGUAUUGUCUAUAUAUGGGAGGUUACUGGCAUCAAAACCAGACCCUCUGUAGCCAGGUGAAUUGCCUUGAUGGUAUCUGUGGAAUGAGUGGUGUGAAGAACGAGACUGGUGGAAAGCAGUGGUACAGAUUGAUUACGGCAAUCUUUUUACACCUCGGAGUGAUUCAUCUAAUUGCAAAUCUCAGCUUCCAGAUUCCUGUAGGAAUUUUGAUUGAAAGAGAGAUAGGAUCCAUUCGGAUUGGUUUAAUCUACCUGAUAAGUGGCAUCGGUGGGAAUUUAUUUUGCGGACUUUUUGAUCCUCUGACUCCACAGGCUGGUGCCUCGGGAGCUCUGUUCGGUAUCCUUGCCUUAGUGAUAGUUAAAAUGGUGCAAUUUGGACGUGAAGUGAAGAGACCGUGUGUUGAAGCUCUUAUGGUGCUGGUCGUGGUAAUGAUCAGUUUUGCCUUAGGGACGUUACCAUACAUCGGAAACUUCGUGCACAUUGGAGGGUUUGUGUUUGGUAUUUUUGCCUCGUUGGUGUUCCUUCCACGAUCAAACUUUCGUCGAUUCCAGACCAUGGCUCUUUAUACCUGUUUCAAAGGAGUUUUUGCGCUCCUUCUUGCUGCGCUGACUAUUGUCUUUUGUAUUUUUUUUGCCUUUGACAAAAAGUCCAAGUUCUGUUCAUGGUGUCAAUACCUCGACUGUGUUCCAUAUACGGAACAUUUUUGUCCAAACAUGAAUUCAGAUGGAUAUGCAAACACCGGUGGAUAGAAUUCACUUGUGAAUUGAUGAAAACAGUGAGAUGAAAGGAGAUCAGAGCUAAAAUAGUGCUCAGACCCUGACGUUAUUGAGGCCACACGAGUCCUCUUGAAUUCUCGACACUAAAGUAACCACUGUUUUAGAAGACAAUUAACGAUAGUUGACCUGAGGGAGCAAGAAUUUAUGAGAUUCAAGGAGGACUGAUGAGUCCACGUAAGAGUUUGGCAGAGUUCAAGCCCUUGCUCAUUGUUCAACUGCAAUUUCGUAAGAGUAUUUUGAGCGUUUUUUUAUGAAUUUAAGGAUAUUCAAGGAGAUGCGGUUGUCACCGGGACACAAAGCUGUUUAUUUUUGGGAAACAAUUAAUUUCUCCUUCGCUUGCAGAGAAACCAUUUACAUCUGAAUAACCCAAGCUUAGGCCUAUCCAUGCCAGAAUGCAGGAUAUAAGGUCUUAACAUGACCUUGUGUUGAAUAGAAAAGCCCAUCUGUAUGUAGGAUUAAUGUUAGUGAUUUCGGUUGUGUUGGAAUCCAAGCCAAUGGUGUGUUGUUCAAGGGGUUGGUCUUAGAGCGCUUCACCCCUACCCCCAUUACUCCAAAACUGUCUCUGAUCCCCUCCACCUCUCCCGCAAAGCUAUGUGGAACAAGAACACGGGCGACCAGAGAGUUUAGAGAACGGAUAAGAACUGAGCUGCAAUAACUGUAAAUCGAUGGGCUUUAGGCAGUGGAUACCAAGAAAAAGUGAAGGAGAAGUAUAGAAGUAGCCAAAACGAAAGUUAAAGUAUCGUUUUGACUUCAGAGUGAACAUAGAGGAUAGAUUCAGCAAUAAUUUUGCUAGUUGCUGCCGAUGCAGGGCCACAGAAAGUACUCUGGAUAUUACUUGUUUUCUCGAGAUUUAAUUCUAGUCAAAGUGAGCUGAAUAUAACUUGUAUGAAGAUUUAUCAAAUAUGUCUGAAUUUAAAAUUAAAAGCAAAUAAAUUUGAUUUUAAAAGAA